AUGACGUCUACCGUCCAAUCGGUCCAGACUUUCGGUCGCAAGAAGACUGCUACUGCUGUUGCUCACUGCAAGAAGGGACAAGGACUCAUCAAGGUCAACGGCCGUUCCUUGGAAUUCUUGGAGCCACAAAUCCUCCGCAUCAAGCUCCAAGUAGGUUUUUUUUAGAUGUUAUCUUUUGCAAUAAAAACCAUUCCAUAUUAAAAUUAAAUAUUUUCAGGAGCCACUCCUUCUCGUCGGAAAGGAACGUUUCCAAGAUGUUGACAUCAGAAUCCGUGUCAACGGAGGAGGACAUGUUGCCCAAAUCUACGCUAUCCGACAAGCUCUCGCUAAAGCCUUGGUUAGUUUCCCUCAUGUUCCGGAAAUAUCACAACAGAAUUCUGUUUCAGGUCGCCUACUACCACAAAUUCGUUGACGAGCAAAGCAAGAGAGAAUUGAAGGAAAUCUUCGCCGCAUACGACAAAUCACUCUUGGUUGCUGACCCAAGAAGACGCGAAUCCAAGAAAUUCGGAGGACCAGGAGCCCGCGCUCGUUUCCAAAAGUCUUACCGUUAA